AUGUUCGAGUUUCUGACCUUUUCUGCAGCUAGAUGGGACUCUGCUCGUGCCCAGUAUGAUAUCAGUCUACGAAGCCUUUACGAUGCCAAUUUCAUGGCCAUCCACACUGUGUAUUCCGUCCAGACAAUCUGCAUAUUGAUGCAAGUGGCCCACAACCUAGACCAAUCUGAUUUCAUCAGUGUCAUGAUUGCCAGCGGCAUCCGAAUCUCCCAAUGUCUCAACAUGCAUCGUCUCGGGCCAGAUCGACUAGACCACGAUCCAGCAGCAGAGAUCACUCAAGAGACUUCCAAGAAAAGCCUGAUAAAUAGGGAGAUCAAGAAGAGAGUUUGGUGGUUUCUUGUUCGCCAGGACUGGCUUCAAAUCCCAUACCAAAACACAUACCUCCUCCAUCCAUCUCAAUUCAAUACACCACAAGCUCUCAACUGUCAUGACCGAAUGGAGUUUCCUGCGGGCGACGGGACGAUAGUCGCCCAGCCAGGAAAUGUUUACACCCAGAGCACCUACACGAAUGCAUUGUCCCAGAUUGCUGUCAUCAUUUGGAAACAACAAGAUCGAAUGUGCCGAACCGGAAGCCCUGAAGAAAGCUCUGACGGACUGGAGAAGCUCUAUGACCAGGUUCUUUGGGCCGAUAGAGAGCUGAAGCAGCUCUACGUCAGCUUUCCUUCUUUCAUUCGAGACCCUUCUCGACCCAACCUGUCGACACAUGAACUACCAUCGUAUAUCAGACAAGUCGCGUCAACGAAGUUGCUCUCUAUAGCGCACAAGACGCUUCUCGUAUACUCAGUAUCGUGCUGCAUUAUUCUUGCACUUGCAUCCAUCUUCCGCCGCGAGAACGAACUAUCUUACGAUGGGUCAAAGGUCCAUGGCUUGGCGAAGAUUGGAAGAGAUAUGCUACAGAACCUGGAGUUCUCUAGCUCCAUCGCGCGCCGCGGCGUCAUUCUAAUUGAUUCACUCCUCAAGUUCGAUGACACAAAUCGUGAUCUUGCCGGGGAAGCGCAUUUAGACCUCAAGACUAUUGUCCGAAAACUGCUGUCCAUGGAAGUUUCGGAAGGUCAAGAGUUUGUCGAAGAACUGGGCGUUGAAGGAGUUCUGUUUCCAUGGGACGCAUAUGACUUUGAUAUGGCAGAGCUCGAUAUUUUGGAUGCAAUGGUCGGCUAA